GACGCCUGGGUCCCUCGCCCCCCCCCCGGCCAUGAUCGAGGUGUCGGCGGCGCUGCUCCGCGGGGCGGUCUUCCUGGCCGGGGAGCCGCUCGAGUGCCUCGUCACGCUGCGCAACCCGCUGCCGCCCGACGCCACGUCCGCCUCCAGUGAAAUGCUGGCCUGGGCCAGUGCUCAGAUCCACUGCCAGUUCCACGCCAGUGAGAGCCGCGUGGCUCUGCCCCCUUCGGAAGACAGUCGGCACGACGUCCAGGCCGAGAACGAGACGGUUUUUGUCCCCAACAGAGGGGAGCGGGGCCACUGCAUCCUGUCCACCCCCCCAAAGAUCCUCUUCUGUGACUUGCGACUGGAUCCAGGAGAGUCCAAAACCUACUCGUACUGCGAGACGCUGCCGGUGGACGGCCCCCCCUCCUUCCGGGGGCAGGCGGUCAAGUACGUCUACAAGCUGACCAUCGGCUGCCAGAGGGUCAACUCUCCCAUCAAGCUCCUCCGCGUCCCCUUCCGGGUGCUGGUGCUUCAUGACCAUGCUGCCUCUCCCUCCUCAGGACUCAAGGACUACCAGUGCCCCCAGGACGAGGCUGUGGCCCCCUCCAACCCUUUCCUGGAGGAGGAGGAGGGCGCCAAGAAGGAUUCCCGGCUGGCGGACUUGGCCACGGAGCUGCUGAUGGCAGCCACGUCGCGAAGGAGCCUCCACUUGUACAACAUCAGCAAUUCCCGCGGCAAAGUGGGCACCUUCUGCAUCUUCAAGGCCGUCUACAAGAUUGGCGAGGACAUUGUGGGCACCUUCAACUUCUCCGAGGGGGACAUCCCAUGCCUGCAGUACCUGGUGAGCCUUCAGACAGAGGAGCGGAUCCAGGAGGCCUUCCAGCACCGGCGCGGGCAGCCCGUCUCCUACAGCACCCACGCCCGCCACCAGGAGUCCUGCCUGCACACCUCCCGGACCAGCUUCAGCCUGCCCAUCCCGCUCAGCUCUGCCCCAGGGUUCAGCACCAACAUCGUGUCCCUGAAGUGGCGGCUGCACUUUGAGUUUGUGACGUCCCGCGAAGCGUCGCAGCGGCAGGCCCCCCCGGAGGCCCCCUCCUCGGAAGAAGCCUCCCGGUGGUCGGGGGUGGAGCAGAUGGAUGUGGACACCUUCAGCUGGGACCUGCCCAUCAAGGUCUUGCCCACCAACCCGCUCCUGGCCUCCUCCGUCUCCCAGGUCUCGGGGGCCAACUCCCUCACCAUCUGAGGGCGCCUCUGCAUGUGUGUGUGAGU